UAACGUCUUUCUUUUGCCCACUGUUGAAGAUAAUGGACCAAAGGAACUCACUUGAGCCUUCAGACAGUCAGUCACAGUCCACCGUCCCACUGUCUCCUUCCAUUCAUGUUCCUCCCACACUGAGAGAUGGUGAGUGUUACCAUGUCUUCAUUAGCUACAGCAGCACUGAUCACCAGUGGACCCACCCCAUCAUCAACCAGCUGGAGUCCUUUGGCCUGCAGGUCUGCUACCAUGAUCGUGACUUCAUUCCCGGGCGCACCGUGUUGGAGAACAUGUCCGAGUGCAUCCAGGAGAGCCAGAAGGUGCUGCUGGUUCUCAGCCCGGAGUUUGUGAGGAGCCGCUGGUGUCUCCUGGAGGCCAACAUGUCUCUGUUCAGAGACUGUCUGGAGAGGAAACCCAUCGUCCCAGUGCUGCUGCAGCCAGGAGUCUCAGUUCCUCUCCACCUCUGCCACCUCACCUACCUGGAAGCCAACGACCCUGAAUUUAUGAAUAAGCUGCUUAAGGUGCUCUGCACCCCCAACCAGCAGCUUCAAGGGUCCACUGUGGUGCCCUUCCAGCCUCCCUCUAUCUACAACGGGAAAGCCCUGCAGCCUUUGACUGCUGUCAAUGAUGAGGGACUCAAUAAAUGGGACUGUGGUCAGUUCAGUGACAUGGAGGUGCCAGACCAACUGCGCCUGAUCAUUGAGGACCAGGAGAAGUACAGAGAGGCUGUGAGGAUGAUCAACACUGUCUCACAAACCAAAGUGUGGCUGCGUCCACUCUGGCUUAGAGUACUGGUUACAUUGUUUGUUACAAUUGUUUUUAUGCUUAUCUUAGUUUAUUUUGUAAUGAGGCUAACUACAUUCAUGAUUGACGACAAUAUUUCCAAAAACAAAAACACAAAUCUUUUUAGACUGGUGGUGCUCACUAGUACUUGUUUCUGCUGUGUUCUUUUAGCAUUUAUUAUUAAUCUUGCUUUCUUGAAAAAGGAUGAAGAGAAGUACAUUGUGAGGGAGAUGCAGAAAGCUGUAGGUCAGGCAAACAUAAUCCUUUCUGAGGAGAAGGUGUUAAUGGGCUGCGUGUCCAAAUUAAAACUCUAUCUGGUGUAUGUUUCUCUGGAUGGUUGCAAACGUGAGUUUGCAGAAACAUUUUCUGAGCAGGCUGGUGCUGAGGACAUGUUUCGAAGAGCAAUGAUGUACUUCUCAUCAGGUUACGCCUCCUGCCUUGCCAAAAGACACUUUCCUUUUCCCCGGUCCAGCUCCACUGGUCACCUGGAGGGAGGGGUGUGUUUCUGUCAGUAUGUCUCGCAGCAGCUGAGCAGGGGAGAAUGGAAGUAGGGAUAUGAAAGAAAUCAAGAUGUAAUCUGUGAUGUGAUCAAGAUAAUUGAAAAAGAAAUCAAGUUAAUUGUUCAAUACAUGUCAGGUAAAUUAUCUGUCUCAGAAAAGCUCAUUCCUACUUAAGAAAUAUUACCUCAACAUACACAGGUGACAUACCUGCAGCCAACCAGCUUGUAUUGUGAGUGGAGUAAGACGAGCCACUGAGAGUUUUUAAGGGCAAAAUUACGGCAGCCAUGUCAGCAACAGAACUUCUGUCACUUUAACAACCCUAAAAAGCAGAACAGUGAAGAGAUUUAUAUCUUCUACUUCCUGAGUUUUACCAUUGGUUCUUGUUCAUCUGCACAGUGUGAUCAGUCUUCAUCACUGUAUCACAAAUAGGUAUGAAUUUACUUUAUUGUGAAUUCUGUGUUGUCCUGAUUCUGUGUGAUUAUAGUUUUUAAUCUUCAAAGGAGUAAUAUGACGCUGUAGGUUUUUGCAUGUGUGUGUGUGGUUGUUUUUUUCAGCUAAUUUCUCAUGAUAGUGCUUCACUGAUAAAUGUUUUUAGUUUGCCAUGUGCACUUCUCAUCAUGGGUCUUUAUAACUCCUAUGAACUUUGUAUUUUAGCCCUUUUGAUUACAGGAUUAUGACCUUACUUCUUUUCGCAUGAACAGGCUACUUUCUGUAUAUUUAGCAACACUGAGUUACAUAAGAAGGUUUGAUUCUGCAGCGAGUGACAUCACAUUACACUUUAUAGAUUUGGGAAUCUAUUGUUAUAGUAGAUAUUAAUUGAAAAUAAGAACUGUCUGUGUUUUGUUUCUUCAGUGGCAUUUGAAGCCAUCGGUUUCAUUAGAGAAGUUAUUUGUGAAUGAUUUGUACUUUAUUACAUGUGGGAUUAUCAGGAUGACUUGGACUAUUUUUUAUCUGUUUUGAUAUUGAUUGUUUUUUAUUUGAAUUUAGCAACUGAACAAGAUAUAAAUGUAUUACUGAAAGCUGAGUCAUUUGGGUUUUUCUAAAUGUCAUGUGGUAUUUGCCUUCUGUUUAUAUCACAAUCCAAAACACACAGAGUUCUGAAAACAAAAGUAUGUUCA